CUUCGACACGCAAUAUUUUAUUUGUAACAUAGCUUAGUUUCAUAUUAUAUCGCUGAUCAAACGAAAGUUAUAUUAGUAUUUGUGUUAACGUGUAAAAUUACUGAAAACUGUAACUAAUCAUCUCCUAUAUGAUUUUUGAUCUGUAAAAUCAUGGGUCAAUAAUACAAAUAAAUGUAAAUGAAUGAGACCUAAGGCAAACGUAGUAUCACUGCGAAAUACUAUUCAAAUGGGACAAUCUAAACUGUGUUUUAAAACAAUGGAUAUUUAUGAUUCUCCGUUUUGAAGAAUUUAAAGCUGUAACGAUAAAACUACGUUUGGUCGUACAAAGCUUAGAGAUUACGUGAUUUACGGAAUACUCACUGAACUCCCAAGGACACUCAAAUAGAAACAUGUAUACAAAAUAAUCUUAGACGACAUAUUAAAAACUACUGAACAAGCCAUCAAUUCCCUGUUUAGCAACAAUAACGAUAUAGAGAUGAAGAAUAAGGAGAGAAAAAUGAAAUGAUCGACAAGGUCAAGGUACUUUCAAUAUGGGAGUCCAUGAGAUAAACUUUGCAUUGAAUUUGUCAUAUAACAAUGGUGAAUACUUACAAGAUUCGUGUAACACUUCUGCUUGUUGGGACGCCAUAUAUCUUCAGUAUGUGUUUAAUGGAAUAUUGUUGCCCAUCUUAGCCGUGGUUGGAAUUCUGGGUAAUGCCUUAACAAUGGUGGUUCUAUGGCGUCGUGAGAUGCAUUCAUCGACAAUAAUUUUAAUGAGAGGGUUGGUAGUGACAGAUACUGGAAUUAUAAUUGUAGCGUGUGUAGCAAUGACACCAUAUACACUUGCGUUCUAUCAUCCGGAACUAAAGUAUUUUAAAAACGUCAUUUAUCCCAAUAUAUAUAUGCCUUGUACAUUUCUAGUCAUGACGAUACAACAAUGUAACGUGUGGAUAACAGUAGCAACAUCCGUAGAACGGUAUGUUUCAAUUUGUCAUCCAUUCAAAGCAUCAAAGUGGAUUUCAAAAAAGAAAACGAAAAUAUCAUUAUCCAUCAUAACAAUUGUUUCGAUUAUUUAUAACAUUCCACGCUGUUUAGCAUUCAAAACAAAAACUCCGUGUGUGGAGGGUCAGUCAAAUGGCGAGUGUUUUGUUCUCAUGACAACUGAAUUUGGUGGCAGUAAUUUUUAUCACUUUUACCAACUAUAUCUGUAUACUUUUCUUAUAUAUGUGAUACCUCUGUGUUCACUGCUUGUCUUGAAUCUGUUGAUUAUUAAUGAACUCAUGCGUAUGCGCAGACGUCGUGCUGGUUUAAAUAUACAGGAAGAUAAUGAAGCAAACCUUAGUCUAGUUCUUGUAUUAAUUGUUGUUGUCUUUUUGCUUUGUCAGACGCCUGGCUUGUUAGCACAAUUUGAUACUUUGUUUGAUCCAAUUGUGAUGAUUAAAUAUUUAGCUGUCAGCAACUUUCUUUUCGUUACAAAUUCAUCUGUGAACUUUUUGAUCUACACUGCCGUUGGUCGAAAAUUCCGAAAGAACCUUAUGAAAUUUUUCUCAAGAGUGUUCCGUGGAUCUUCGUUUUCCGAAAUUUCCCGAUCUUCUCAAUCAAGACGAGGCACUGUCGGUGGGUAUGAACUGAACAAUACAACUUAUACAGCUGUUUCAGAAGAAACACAAAUUGAAAAUUUAGAGAAGAUGCGUCUGAAAGAUUAACCUAUUUGCUUCUAUAUAUGUAUGUAUUAGUGUUAUGUGUGUGUAUCGUAAUAAAAAGAUGUCAGAAUAUCAAUAAGAGAUACAGUGCCAAUAAAGUUCCAAUAUGUUAGGACAGGAAUUUUCAAAAGCAAAAACGUAAUGUUUUGUAUAUUUCUAUGUAUCUUAUAAUGUUUAAGACGUCUUGUAUUACACCAAAACUAGUCAUGAAAACAUAGUUUUAGAUAUUUUCAAGCGUCCCAUACGUUGCCUGUCGUUAAAUACUAUAUGGUGACCUCCAACUGUCUAUUUUGUGUAUUGUGCUGAUUUGAACUUCUGUCUCGUUUCCCUAACUUGGUUUUAUUCAUAUAUAGAGGUAUAUAUUCGACAGUACAAUUUUGAGUCAGUGGUGCAAAAAAAUACAUAGGGUGUUAUCUAAACUGGUUUCCGUAUCAUUACAUGUAAUUCGAAAUUUAAGGCAUUCUCAAAAACAGAGUAGGAAACCACUUUCUUUUUCAAUUUUAAUUGAUUGCUAUAAAAAAAAAAAAAGCUUGAACUGGUUAUAAAUACUGUACUUAAUUGGGAAUGUUCUGCUUUCAUAUGGUUGAUAGUGAAUUAACCUGAAAUUCACUUUGCAAAUUUGUCGGCCAUUUUAACUCUUUGUUUCAAUUAUUUUAGGUAAGAAAUUUUCACACCUAAACUGUACUCAAAACGCGAUCUGUUCACAUAUUUGUAAUCUAUAAUGCAUUGAAACUACAUGUAAUUUUAACAUCUCACAGGGUCUAGGGGAUUGUUCGUUGCUUCCGAUUACAUUAUUUUCCUUUUGUUUUGUUCCAAUAUUUCCUAUUUGUGUACAUUUUUACAUAAUAUGACCAGAUGCAUUGAACAACGAAUACACACUACGUCACACUUGACUUGGUACAAGGUCGUGAACGGGGUUAAACUAUUUUUUUUAAUAUCUCAAACCUCCCAUUUUUUAACACUCACUGUCGAAUUUGCUGAAGUAUUUUCUCGUUGUAGUUUAUUGAAAUGAACUGUUAUGAUUGUAGUUUAAUCCAAUAUGAAAUGUAGGGCAACAUAUGUAAUAGUAAUGAGUUAAUGAUUUGUUUUAAAAUCAUAAGAAGUCAAUUAUAUGUUUGCGUAACUUUAAUUUUACAAUCAUUUGAAAGUUUUACACUUUGCACUUUCUGAACACAUAACUAUGACUCAAAAAGGGAGUUCCAUGUAUGUGUAUAUAUCUUAUUGAUGUUUUGACAUUUAUAGCAGUGUAAACAGUACUUGCUAAUUAUGUGAUAGGUCGUAUUUAUACAUUUAUUAUUUAUUAUACACUUGUCUUUCAAUAUCACAUUGUCAUUUCAAAAUAAAUAAGAAAUAUUA